AUGGUCCUGAAGGAUCUGCCUCCUCUGGUUCUGAAGGAUCUGCCGCCUCUGGUCCUGAAGGAUCUGCCUCCUCUGGUCCUGAAGGAUCUGCCUCCUCUGGUCCUGAAGGAUCUGCCUCCUCUGGUCCUGAAGGAUCUGCCUCCUCUGGUCCUGAAGGAUCUGCCGCCUCUGGUCCUGAAGGAUCUGCCUCCUCUGGUCCUGAAGGAUCUGCCUCCUCUGGUCCUGAAGGAUCUGCCUCCUCUGGUCCUGACGGAUCUGCCGCCUCUGGUCCUGAAGGAUCUGCCUCCUCUGGUCCUGAAGGAUCUGCCUCCUCUGGUCCUGAAGGAUCUGCCUCCUCUGGUCCUGAAGGAUCUGCCGCCUCUGGUCCUGGGGGAUUGGUCUCCUUUGUUCCUGAACAUAGACUGUAUAUAUUAA